AUGGUGUCCGCGCUGGUGUUUCAGGAGCUGCUGCAGAAGAAGGAAGGAGCGGCGUGGGGACCUGGGAGGCAGGAGCGAGCAAGAAGAGGAAGCCGAAGCGUGCAGACGCGGGGGGGAAGGAGAGAGGCACCUGGGCAAAGCACCUGUCCCGUUAGCAUUGGCACAGUCACAUUUGAGUUGAGCGUUGCCGGCGCCUUUGGUGACCAGGCCGGCUUUGUGCUGGGCGACCUCCCUGAGCUGCUGCAGAAGAAGGAAGGAGCGGCGUGGGGACCUGGGAGGCAGGAGCGAGCAAGAAGAGGAAGCCGAAGCGUGCAGACGCGGGGGGGAAGGAGAGAGGCACCUGGGCAAAGCACCUGUCCCGUUAGCAUUGGCACAGUCACAUUUGAGUUGAGCGUUGCCGGCGCCUUUGGUGACCAGGCCGGCUUUGUGCUGGGCGACCUCCCUGAGCUGCUGCAGAAGAAGGAAGGAGCGGCGUGGGGACCUGGGAGGCAGGAGCGAGCAAGAAGAGGAAGCCGAAGCGUGCAGACGCGGGGGGGAAGGAGAGAGGCACCUGGGCAAAGCACCUGUCCCGUUAGCAUUGGCACAGUCACAUUUGAGUUGAGCGUUGCCGGCGCCUUUGGUGACCAGGCCGGCUUUGUGCUGGGCGACCUCCCUGAGCUGCUGCAGAAGAAGGAAGGAGCGGCGUGGGGACCUGGGAGGCAGGAGCGAGCAAGAAGAGGAAGCCGAAGCGUGCAGACGCGGGGGGGAAGGAGAGAGGCACCUGGGCAAAGCACCUGUCCCGUUAGCAUUGGCACAGUCACAUUUGAGUUGAGCGUUGCCGGCGCCUUUGGUGACCAGGCCGGCUUUGUGCUGGGCGACCUCCCUGAGCUGCUGCAGAAGAAGGAAGGAGCGGCGUGGGGACCUGGGAGGCAGGAGCGAGCAAGAAGAGGAAGCCGAAGCGUGCAGACGCGGGGGGGAAGGAGAGAGGCACCUGGGCAAAGCACCUGUCCCGUUAGCAUUGGCACAGUCACAUUUGAGUUGAGCGUUGCCGGCGCCUUUGGUGACCAGGCCGGCUUUGUGCUGGGCGACCUCCCUGUAAGCAGGGCUCGGGUCUUUGCUGUAGUUGGCCUUUUGCCUUGCUGCUCCUUUGGCUGCCUGGGGAGCGUGGCCCCCUGUAACGGAGGGCGAGAGCCACCUCUCCGCACCCGAGUGGGAAACGGAGCUCGCUGGACCCCGAGGCCACCCUGCAAGCAGGGUAGUGCCGUUUCCCUGCCCCUCCUCCCCCUCCGGCCCCUCGGCAUCGUUGCCUGGUGGUGGCCUGUCAGUGCGACGGCCCCGUACUCGGGGUGUGCGUCACGGCCUUUGGCCUUUGGUUUUACCUGAGAAGCCCCUUGGCACGUUGAGGUCUGUGGCCUCCGUGCAGGCUAGGGACAGGUCACAGGCUCUUGUCUGUUGCUCGUGGUUGCGGGUUUAUUCCCAGGGUUUGGCUGCGCUGCGUUGUCCUUCCCUUCUGGGAAGUCGCGCCAGUGUGCGUGCGUUCCCCUUCCUUUCCUUGUUUGUGUUUGUGGAGCGAGUGAGCGACUGAGCUUUCCCUUUAGGCCUCCACAAAGAUGGCUGCAGCUUAGCUUCGACUUCCCGGGGAGGAAUGGAGGACUUUGGUGCAUGUCGCAAAAGGGGUGUUCCCUCUUAGUCCCGCGAGCGCAGCGAGUGUCCUGUCUCCCUCCUUUUUACGUAGUACAGAUCAGAGCCACGCUGUAGUUCAGUGGCCGAGGCCGCCCUGCAGCCAGGGCUUGGGCCUGUCCUUGCGUGGCCGCCUGUUCUGCUGGCGGCGUGACAGCCCCGUACUCGGGGUGUGUGUCCCAAGCUUCGGAGCCCUCUGUCCCUGAGCAGCCCGCCCACCCUGUAAGGAGGUGUGGGGAGGCUGCGGCGUUGCAGCCGGCUGCUUUAGCCAUCCAGCUGGUGGGAAUGACCCCUCCCUGGCCCGUCAGAGGGUGCAGGUUGAGGUGCUGCUUUACUUGUGUGUGUGGGGUGACCUCCCCGCUCGGUGGGUCGAGGUGGCUCUCUGGGCUCCCGAAAAUAAGAUGUUGGUGAUGUUCUGCUGCUGCCGGGCGGGCCAGCCUGUAGCUCAGGCGUUGGCGGGAGCCUUGCGCUCCGCGGGGCUUCUUGGAGAGGGUGAGGUG